GCCGGCGCGGGAUCCGGGUGGCUGCGGGCAGCGGCGGUGGCAGCGGCGGCGGCUUGAGGGGUCGGCGUCGGGGCGGGGGCCGGGCCGCAGCGAGUUCGGAGGACGAACGCCCGCGGGGAGCGCCUCCGCCACGCGAGGUGACCCCUUCGGAGGGAGCGUAGCCUGCCCCGUACAUCCGCUUCCCAGCAGGGCGACAGCCCUUCCGCCCCCAGCAGGCUCUCUGCCAAGAUGGCAUCGGCCGGAGACCCCCCCACAGGCCCACGGGAUGCAGCAGACCAGAACUUCGACUACAUGUUUAAGCUGCUACUUAUCGGCAACAGCAGCGUGGGCAAGACGUCCUUCCUGUUCCGCUACGCGGACGACUCCUUCACACCUGCCUUCGUCAGCACCGUGGGCAUUGACUUCAAGGUCAAGACGGUCUAUCGCCAUGACAAGAGGAUCAAGCUGCAGAUCUGGGACACGGCGGGCCAGGAGCGCUACCGCACGAUCACCACGGCCUACUACCGCGGCGCCAUGGGCUUCCUGCUCAUGUAUGAUGUUGCCAACCAGGAGUCCUUCACCGCUGUGCAGGACUGGGCCACUCAGAUCAAGACCUACUCCUGGGACAACGCGCAGGUCAUCCUCGUGGGGAACAAGUGCGACCUGGAGGAUGAGCGUGUUGUGCCUACCGAGGACGGCCGGAGGCUCGCUGAUGACCUUGGUUUCGAGUUCUUCGAGGCCAGUGCCAAAGAGAACAUCAACGUGAAGCAGGUCUUCGAGCGCCUGGUGGACGUCAUCUGUGAGAAGAUGAAUGAGUCCCUAGAACCCGGCUCCGGCCCGGGCAGCAAUGGGAAAGGCCCGGCCUUGGGGGACACCCCACCCCCCGAGCCCAGCGGUUGCAGCUGCUAGAGAUGGCCCCCAACCCCUGUCCACCCCUUCCUGCCUCGGCAGGGACUGUGACUGAGGCAUGAGCCACAAGGGCUGUUGCUAAGCUCAGGGCACCCCCUUCCCUCCCCCCAGCUGUCAGCCGCCCCGACUCCCGCAUGGCUCAUCUUCUCGCCAUGGCCGCCAACUUGCCCAAAGCAGCCUUAUCAUGAGCUCCAGACCCUGGGGACUCUGCACGGCAGGCGGGGUCUGGGGAUGUUGACGUGCGCGAGCCUGCUGCUUUUCAGCCAUUUUAAUGGAGGCAGCAAGGGCGGCCUGUCCCACCCCGUCUGGAGGAGGGGCAUCCACAGUGCCUUCUGGGUUAGAACUGUUCUCGUCCAUUCUGUGUUGGGCGUUGCCUGGAAUUCACAAGCUGGUUCGUUCGUCUUCUCCCUCCUGCGGUGUGAGUCCUCAGAGUUCACCCUCGGAGAUGUGGAAGGCAACUCCUUUCUCAGGGUCCCCCGGGGUGGUCCCAAGCCUGCCUGUGAACCUCCUCAGACCUCAAGCUUCCAAGGCGGGGAGGUGAUUCUGGCCCGCACAGACCCUUCCCUUCUGGCCUGCAGAUCGGCUGCCUGUGAACACAGUAUUAAAGCAGGUUUUCCCAUUGUAAAGGGACAGGAAAUCAGAGCCCCACCCCCCAGCACCCCCCCUGCCCCCCCGCCGGCUUCAGGGACCCCAGAAGUGCCUUCUGAGCUUCCCCAGUAUUCCACAUCACCCACAACCCUGCCACUGUUUUAUUCUAUUCGCUAGAUCUCUGAUCCCUGGAUUGAAUUCUAGAAUUAUGGGCCGCAUCAGGCUGGGCAGAGAAUGGCCCAACCCUGGGUGUUCCUGCCUGGGACUUUUUGCCAGGAGUUAGCCUCAGAGCCAGGAGCCCCGGCCCUCCUGCCCAUACCUGCCUCUCCCAGACCCCGUUUGCCCGGCGAUGUUUUAAGCAAGGUCUUUCCACAUCCUACAUCCUGCUAGAAAAGGAAAUUGAGCAAUGUUCCUAUAGCCUGCUCUUGCUGGCAGCUUGCCGACGGAAGGACUUGGGCUCUUCCCCAUCGAGGACCCUUGAGGACCCAGAGUCCAUUUCCUGAGUCACAUCAGUGGUGGGGCCCAGUGAUGUGAUGCUUCCUACAAUGGAGGCGUCCCUCUAAGGGAGGCUUUAGGGUUGGGCAGAAGAGGCAAGAAGGCAGCGUUGUGCAAUGGUUACUGCCACAUGGGAUUCGUAGAUACGGCUCGGGAGGGGCAGGCUGAUGGGGGCGGGCUGGAAAUCAGUCUCCCCGGUUGACUGGGGUCCCCAGCCGGCAGGGAGGCUCCUGCUGGGAGGUUAUGUGCAGUUUGAGGAUCUACAUCUGGACCUCCAUCCCCCACCCCAACUCAGUGUCCCUCCUACCCCCUGAAGUCCGAACUCCGGUGGCAUGGCACCUGUUUGGGCCCCGGCACACCAACUAGCCUCCCAUAACUUGACAGGCCCUGUGAGGAUGGCCUGAACAGAUGGUUCGUGUUCCACUCCCAGCCCCUGACACCAAAAUGACUUCCUGGAGCCUUAAAGAUCUCAGCCUCCUCCUGCUGGAAGUUCAACUUAGCUCUUCCCUUUGUAGAAGCUGUGGAUUGAAUUUCUUUCUAGAGGGCCCCGUUCAUCCCAUUGCCGAGGGCUGCCCUUAAGAGCUUUCAAAGCGAGGGUAGCUUUGUAAGCCAACACAUCAGACAACAGGGGUGAGACGGACAAGUUUCUGGAAACACGCACAGAGAGUUGGGGGAACGUUCGGGGCAGGAGUCAAAAAUGUUAGUUGCUCUAGCGUAAAAGAGAAAUUAAGGCAGCUAGGAAAAAGCCUGUUAAGAUGCAUCAUGGUCUAUCAAGAGUCUGUCGGCCAGCCCACUUUCUCAGGCUGCUGCCAGAAAACAAAACAAAAAAAAACCAAAACAGUGGACCAGACUGCUGUUAUUUAAAGGGGCGGACCAACCUGUGUCUCGUACCUGACGUGGGCUAAGCCUUGUGUUUAUACAAGAUUUUUGAACAGUUCAGCUUUGAGUAGCCCUGAGACAGCGAGCUGCCUCUGGGUUUUCUCAAGACUAGGUUUAUGUAGGAGAGGGAUUUUUUUUUUUCUUUUUUGGCUUGUUUCUUCUAAAAAUAAUGCAAGUGGUUAUUUUAUAAUUUUAGGUGGGAGGCUUAACUCACGAUGGUCUCUGGGGAACCGCAACCAAUGUCCUCGAAGAUCACGGGCAGGGGGACGGAGAUUUGUUGAGUUUUACAAACCAAAACGAAGCCAAAAGCUGCGGGAAAGCCGCUUCUCCGGGGAGAGUGGAGUCGGGAGAGGCCACGAACCGGCUUCUCGCCUCCAUCCGGAAACACGACGGAGGGAGCUCUCGGCUCGGUCAUUUGUAUUACUGGAUGUGGUUCUCCUGUGUAAGCGAUUCUUUGAUGUCCACUCGGCAAGAUGAGCACUUUUAUCCACAAGAGAAAAUAAAGCCGUUACGCCCAGA